UAUUCUGAUUUUCAAAAUUUCAUUCAAUUUAUAAAAUAUUUGAAGUAAUGGCUGAUAUUAUAACUUCGCAAAAAAUGGAAGUGGAUUAUUCAGAUACUGUGGAUAAAAUAUUACCAGAAUGUUUAGAAUUAGUCAAAGGUGGUCAAAUAAAUGAAGCUAUAAAUAAAUUAUUAAAUUUGGAAAAAUUAACAAGGACAUCUUGUGAUAUGAUAUCUACUUCUAGAAUUUUAAUAAGCAUCGUUAAAAUUUGUUUUGAUUCACAAAAAUGGGAUUUGCUUAAUGAAAACUUGAAAGCAUUAACUAAGAGAAGGAAUCAAUUAAAACAGGCAAUCACAAAUUUAAUACAAGAAGUAUGCACGUAUGUUGAUAAAAUUGAAAACCAACAAAUUAAAUUAAAACUGAUUGAUACAAUAAGGGAAGCUACUGCUGGAAAGCUCUAUGUUGAAGUAGAAAGGGCUCGUUUAACAAAAAUUUUAGCAGAUGUCAAAGAAAAACAAGGAAAUUUAAAAGAUGCACAUGAAAUUUUACAAGAUGUUCAGAUAGAAACCCUGGGUUCGAUGGAUAAACGUGAAAAAUUUGAAUUUAUAUUGGAACAAAUGAGAUUAUGCCUUUUGAAUAAAGACUUUUUAAGAAUGCAAAUAAUAAGCAGAAAAAUUAGUUCUAAAGCUUUGCAUGAUCCUAAUUUUCAAGAUUUGAAAUUGAAAUUUUAUGAAUUGAUGAUUCAAUUAGAUCAAAAUGAAAAAUCUUAUUUUACUAUCUGUCAGCAUUUCAAAGCAAUUUAUGAUUUAACAGAAAUACAAAACAACGAGACCGAAGCUCUCAUUAUAUUGGCAAAUAUAGUGGUUUAUUUAAUCCUGUCGCCCUAUUCAUUAGAACAAGUUGAUAUGAUUAAUAGGAUCCGUCAAGAUAAAAAGAUGGACAAAUUACCCUUAUACAAAAUACUGAUAAAGUGGUUUUUAACGCAAGAAAUUAUUAACUACAAAGAUUUUUUAGUGACCUUCGAAAAGGAGAUAAAAGCUACUCCGAGCUUUAGAACGGUUCCUUCUUGUUUUUCGAAUCUUGAUAGAUGGCAAGUUGACUUGAUCAAUAGGAUUAACGAACACAAUAUCAGGAUAAUGUCCAUUUAUUAUCAACGUAUAAACUUGUUGAGAAUGUCAGAAUUAUUGAAUAUGACACCUGAGGAAUGUGAAGAAAUUUUAAGAAACCUGGUCGUGUCAAAGAUAAUUCACGCUAAAAUGGAUCGAAUUAAAAACAUAAUAACAUUUCAUCAAAUCAAAAAUCAAAGUCCCGAGGAUAUUUUGAAUGAAUGGUCUCACAAUAAUGACGCCCUCAUGAAUUUGGUCAACAAAGCCAACCAUAUUAUUAAUAAAGAAUUUAUGAUGCGAAAAAUCAAGACACCAUCUAUCGCUGCUUAAUUCCCCCCCCCCCCAACUUUUCAUAUUUAUAUUUUAUGUUAAUUUUUUUUAUAAUAAAAGAAACAUUAUGUGUUUUAUUAUAUUUGAAACUUUUUACCUUUGAUUUAAUAAAGGGACAUAUAAAAAAUAA